AUGACCGUGUCUGGCUCGAAGAAGAUGGUGGGGGCCACUGCGCCUUACGAGCCAGUAGCAAACCUUGACACUGUUGUUUUCUCCAAGGUACUGGAUCGCGACCCAGAGACAAUCAGUAAAAUAAUUUCGGCCUGUGAAAAUGUCGGUUUUUUCUAUCUUGACAUUUCGGACCAGUACUCGGCCACGAUGCUCAACAAUCUCGAGAAAUUAAACUCUGUCAUGAAAGACUGGUUCGCCCAGCCGACCGCUGCCAAACGCAAAGAAUUGGCCAUUAGCAUGGCCUCUCAUGGUUACAAGCCAAUUGGCUCACAAGCCGGUACCCACGGAGGCCGGGACGGCUGGGAAGUCCUAAAGACGGGCAGCUUUGAGCUGGCCGGGCGAUGGGGCUUGCCGCCAGUGGUUGAAGAAAACUAUCAGACCUUUUCUGCUUUCCAGAACCAAUGCCACUACAUCACAAGAGUCCUCCUGGAUCGUAUCUCGAACGCCUUGGGUCUACAAGGGCCACAAAGUCUCAAUCACUUCCACCGCAGUGAUUGUCCCUCCAAAAGUGCACUGGCAUUCCUGCACUACAUCCCCAUGGACCCAACCGGUGGUCAUGCGGGACAUAAUGUGCAUACCGACUAUGGUACGCUGACGCUCGUGUUUGCGCCGCAGUGGGGUCUACAGGUGCUGUCAGACCCUGCUGCUACACCUACCUCUACUUCAUCAUUGUCCCAAAACCACACGAACGGUUUCAAUAGCGGCUUGAACAUGGAUUCUAGCUCAGACGAAAGUGACAAUCACAACGCUGUCGCUAAAGAUACAGAAGUAAACGAAGACAGACCUCUUGAGUGGCAAUAUGUCGAGCCGCGGCCGGGAUGCGCUGUUGUCAACGUGGCAGAUGUGCUGCGGUUUCUCACACGGGAUCGGCUGAAGUCAGCGGUGCAUCGAGUUUUACCACUACCAGACGUCGACCGAUACUCUGUUACAUACUUUCUCCGACCAAGUGACGAUGUAGAAUUCAUUGAUGGAGAAGGUCGUCUGACCAAUGUGAUGGACUGGUACGAUCGCAAGAACAACAUGUAUGAAGCCAAGUACGCUUCACAGGACCGGUCAUUGCUUAUUGGAGGCCUUUACAAGGAUGUUUAG